AUGUCACAAAUCCCAGUGACCACCUCGGAGGAGCAAAAACAACCUUCUUUAAUUAUUAACACAACAACAGCUCCGCCACCACCAAAAAUUUUGACAGAUGAGGAAAUAAGAAUUAAAUCAUUUAUAGAGUCAUUAAAUUUAACAUUUCAAUAUAAAUGGGAAUUGGAACACCACGAAUUAAUUACCAAGGGUAGUAAUAAUAAUCCAGUGAUACCAUUAAUUGUUAUUAGUGUCGACAAAAUGUUAUCAAAAGAAGAAAGAGCAAUGAUACCAAAUAUUUUCGAGAAUAAUAUUAGAAUUCAAAUGGAGUAUGUUAUGACAUUAGAUCCAAAUGAUGAAUCUGUACAAAAAGAAUUAGAAGAGGAACAAAAACAAAUAAAUACUAUCAAUGGUGGUGAAGGUAUUGAAAUUACAAUGGAGGGAGAUGAAGAAUUUGAAGAAUUUGAAGAAGAUGAAGAUGAUGAAGAUAAUUAA